GGAGGGGAGGGCAGGGAAGGGGCCGGGCCGGCCCGAUCCGAUCCGCCCUCCCUGCCACCGCCGGCGGCGCCGAGCAGGACCAGACCCGUCGGUCGGGCUUUGAGUGGCUGGAAAUUCCCGUCCUCGGCGGCUCCUCCCCCGCAGAAAUCCCCUCGCCGGGGUGUAUAUGCCCAGCGCCGCCGCCGCCGCCGCUCACUCGCAGCCCCGCCGCCAUGAUCAGCGCCCGCCGCCUCGCCGAGCCGGGAAUGGAGGGCUACGAGCCCCUGAGGAAAGAGCGUCAGGGCGGGUUCCCGCUCGACGAUCGCCACGACAGCGGCCUGGACUCCAUGAAGGAGGAGGAGUACCGGCAGCUGGUAAAGGAGCUGGAGGACAUACGCCUGCAGCCCCGCGAACCGCCCGCCUGGGCUCAGCAGCUGACGGAGGACGGGGACACUUUUCUCCACUUGGCGAUUAUUCACGAGGAAAAAGCCCUGAGCCUGGAGGUGAUCCGGCAGACGGCCGGCGACCGGGCUUUCCUGAACUUUCAGAACAACCUCAGCCAGACUCCUCUUCACCUGGCAGUGAUCACCGAUCAGCCUGAAAUUGCUGAGCAUCUUCUGAAGGCCGGGUGCGACCUGGAAAUCAGGGACUUCCGAGGAAAUACCCCCCUGCACAUCGCUUGCCAUCAGGGCUCCCUCAGGAGCGUCAGUGUCCUCACGCAGUACUGCCAGCCACACCACCUCCUCGCUGUCCUGCAGGCCACCAACUACAACGGACAUACAUGUCUCCAUUUGGCAUCUAUUCAAGGAUACCUGGCUAUUGUUGAAUACUUGUUGUCCUUGGGAGCAGAUGUAAAUGCUCAGGAGCCAUGCAAUGGCAGAACGGCACUACAUUUGGCUGUCGACCUGCAGAAUUCAGACCUGGUGUCACUUCUAGUGAAGCAUGGGGCAGACGUGAACAAAGUGACCUACCAGGGCUAUUCCCCCUAUCAGCUCACGUGGGGAAGAGACAAUUCCAGCAUACAAGAACAGCUGAAGCAGCUGACCACGGCCGACCUGCAGAUGUUGCCAGAAAGUGAGGAUGAGGAGAGCAGUGAAUCGGAGGCUGAAUUCACAGAGGAUGAACUUAUAUAUGAUGACUGCCUUAUUGGAGGACGACAGCUGGCAUUCUGAAGCAGAACUUUCUGUGAAAAGAAGGGACUGUGUACAUAUGUAUAGGAAAAGGACUGACUUUCUUCAUUUAAAGAGAAAGUCGCAAUGCGGAGGGAAAAAAACAGCAGGGAAAUACUACACUGCCCAGCAAGGAGCAUGUAAUUGUAACAGGACAGUUCCAGGUUCCGGCCAGUGUUUAAAUACAGGAGUGGGAUGUGUAACAUCAGUAGAGAUCUGUGAUUAUUCACACCGCCUGAUAAAGAACCACAUAGCCAAUCUUCUCAACCCUACGGAGGGAACAGACUGCACAUCCGACCUGCUAGUUGCUGAGAGCGAUCUUGUGGAGUUAAGUACCACGAGGAACAAGUGUCCUUUCACAGCAAGGCAGGCACAUACCAACACCCCAUCUUCUCGGAGACUGUGUGUUAAUUUGUGCCAGGCUGGUGGUGCUCCCUGGCCUUACCGACCGACCUCGGCUGCUCACGGUGGGGUGUCCCAGGCAGAGGAGACAAACCAAGGGACUGGUGACCUCCUGGCUGUUAGGAGAAAGUAGCAAUAAUGUUAACUGUGGGCAUUGGAAACAGUGUGUUUCACACCAUGUGUGUCAUAAUUGCUACACUUUUUAGCAAUUGUAUAUUGUGUAAAUAAUGUACAUUUUUUUGUUUAUAAUUAUUUUGGUACAUGUGAGAUGUGUAUUUAUUAAAAAAAGUCAGAUUACUGUA